ACUGUGCAAGUGACUGACUCUAGACUGGCCGGGAGGAGCGACUGCGACUCUGGCGCAAGGGGAGGGAGUUCGUCUUACGUGACGCUGCUGAUUGGACGAUAUUUGUUGUCGUCGAGUUGCGUCUGACGCUGCAUGUUUUUCAGUGCAUGUUGUCACCUCAGAGAGAGAGGGAGAGAAAUUGAAAGGACUCUCAAAGUUUACGUUGAUUUUGUAAAGGGAAAAAGAGAGAGAUAAAAAAAACUUAUUUUACACAAGCGGCCAAGGAAAAGGAACAGAGUCUGACAUUGGUGAUAUUCAUUGCUGCUUUUCUAGAAAGCGUUGUCACUCGAGAGAAAGAGAUAAAGGGAAAUAAAUUGAAAGGACCGCCAAGCUUACGAUGAAUUUUCGCGCGCUUCCCAGAAAAAGGAACAGGUUCGACGGUAUUUGUUGCCGUCGAUGAUGAUCGAGUGAAAGAGAACGAGAGAAAGGGAGAACCUGGAAGCGUAAGAUGUUUUUGCGUGUGAGUCGCAGAAGACCAAGAAGAAGAAGAAGAAGAGGAAGAAACCAACACGUGGUUGGACACGGUGACCUCUCCGCCAGGUUUCUGGGCAUUUUUGGUACCAAACCUGUUCUGCCAGCUGCUGGCAUACGGUGCCCCUAAGUAUUAGGAGAAAGGAGUUCGCGUUGACCGCAUCGCCAGAUAUGAUGACGCAUCAAGGUGUUAAUUACAAAGCUUUUCUCGCCUCCAUUAACAACAAGAGCAUCAAGGAGGAGAUCAAAUCCUUGAAGGACGAGAACGAAAACACUGCCGUCCUCGAGGGAGGCGAAGACCACGGAGACGGCCAGCCAUUGGUCCUCAACGAUGCUCUGAGCGCGUCCACUGAGAGACUCUCAGACAGCCAUAAAGAUGACAACAAAAAGAACGAAAGCCUGGUAAAUGGUCAGCUCAAGAAUCUGAAUUCCGGGAAACCUGCUCGGUUUAAAGUGGGAGGCGACGAUUCAGACGACAGCAUGCCUUGUGAAGAGAAGGAAGACAAAGAUGACCCAGGGGUGGUUAAUCCCACCUUCUUCACAGACGAUGAGGAUGACAUCUGCAGGGGCGACGAAUCCACUGCCUCCGUGUCCACCAGAUCAUCUCCCGACUUGUCGCCCUCUCACUCGCCAAGAUUAAGCUUUAAGUCAGUGUCAGAUAUGAGUGCCCCAGUCAGUCCUCGCCAUUCCCCGGUGAGCCACCGGUCAGGGAAUCUUAGCCACAGGAGUUCAGUGUCCUCUGUUCGGAAGGGCAUUCUUAAAAAGAGUGGCUCCUCUUCUACCAUCAACAUGGAGAUGGUGAACCUGGGCCUCCAACAGAAUGCUGCACUUAAUGCAGCGGCUAAUUCUGCGUCUGGUAUGAAUGGGUACCACAAAGCACGUUUUACUGACCCUUAUGAUGAGUGUUAUGUUCCUGUAGACACCCAUCGAUUUGUGAGUGCUCCUGACGAAUCUUCGGGUAUGACGCAAAAAUCUCUAGGUGGGCAUCGUGUCAAGUUUAUCCUGGAGACCGGCAAACCUGAUCAUGUUAAUGGCGAUUAUGAUGACAUCCGAAUAGAGAAAAUGGAAAGGGAAAGAAUUGAAAGAAUAGAAAGAGGGAAGAACUUGGAAGUGACCAAUAACAGUGGAGAUAAAGGUGGGAGAAAGUGCCUUCUAUUUUGUGCGGCUAUGUUGGUUCUCACGGCUUCAGUUAUCACUGCUGGUCUAUAUGGAUCGGGCAGGCUCGGAAUGAUAACAAGUUAUGGUAAAACAGGCAUCCCCAAGAAUGGGGGCGAUGGUUCCAAUGGUUUUGGAUCACAAGGGAAAGCAGAUAGCUUUAAAACUAUUUAUUAUGUUCCAAAUGCCUUAGAAGUCCGUUUCAAAAUUAAUAAUAGAAUGUAUAACGAUACGUUAAGUGAUAUCGAAUCUUCCGAAUACAAAAAUCUUUCUUCAGAUCUGGAGAAUAAAUUAUCGACUUUACUACUUGAACCACAUAAUGGCAAAGCGGAACUCUCAUUGAAAAUUAUAAAGUUUGAACCUGGAAGCAUCAUUUGUACCUUUAGAAUAGCCUGGACAUACUAUUCAGGGCUCUUUGGAGAAAAGUCACCACCUCUGAAUGUAACUGUAGUGCAGGACAAGCUUGAACAAACCUUGUCAAAGAAAGAUGAUCCUGCUUUUGAAGGUUAUGAUGUUCUUCCUGACUCUUUGCAAGUUUCUGCAUUGGCAGAUAAAUGUAAGAAUAAUGAGACAAAAUGCUCGCACAACUGUGUCUUCCGACAAAAAGGCAGUUUGAGAUUUGAAUGUUCAUGUCCUGACCAUCUGAUUCUAAGACAAGACAAAACUAAUUGUUACUCUCAUGCUGAGGAAGAAAAGAAGAAAGUAAACUUCAAGAAUGCUAUCAGUGACGUCUUGCGAUCUGAUGCUGUGCUUGUACAAAUCAAAACGGAAGUAAAAGAUGAAGAAAAAGAGGAAGUUGAACCUGCUAAACCUGAUGAAUCUAAAAAAACGGAAAAUGCUACUGCAACUAGUGCUACAGAUGCCGCACAACCAGGAAGUGGGGAUAUUGUUCAUUCUCAAGAGGGAGUAGGUAACACCACUCUCAUAACUGAAAGUGGUAUGGUUAAUGGAACACUGACUGGUUCAGAGCAGAUUACAUCCAAUGGUACAAAUAUAGUUAAUGGUACUGGUAUGGAUAUAAACAAUACAACAGACACAGUUCAGCUAAAUGCAACAAAUAAAGUCAUGAAUACAACAGGUACAGAAUUUAAUGUCACCAGUGUUGAUGGUCAUGUAACAAAUGAAACAUUGGCUAAUGGCACUGUUCAUAUGCAUCCAUUUACAAUAAAUGGAACAAUAGUUGCUGAACAUCCACUUCUAAAUUUGAGUGGCAAGUUUGAUGAAUUCUUUGUGUCACCAGGCACCCGUGGGGAGACACAAGAAAUAUUCACAAAUUCUUCAAAGGUGUUGCCUCCCCAAGAUCUUUCUGAUCUUAGGCCAGGAGGUUCCCCAGGUGAUGCACGUUUGCAAACACUGGAUGUACCUGAAGAAAACAUGGGUAUAUUUAAUGAAUCCCAUCAGACUAGUGAUAACAGUUCCUCCAUAGUAACUGACAUUAAUACACUUCAUGAUGAAGAUGGAAUGGGAAAUGCUUUCAACCAUACACAACAAGAAAAUACUACUCUUAAUGAAAGCUUUCCCUCAGUGCAGACCAACUUUUCCAGCCAGUCUCCUGUUGACACACAUACAACAACUACUACUCAACAAUCAACUGUAAAUACUAUGUCAGGAGAUCCAGAAGUAAAGGUUACCAAAGUGCCUAAUGAACAAAAUGAGGAAGAAACACAAGAAAUAACUAGAGUGGAGGAUAAAUCUCCACCUUUAGUUAGAACAACCAUACAAAGUACAACUCGGGAAACAACAAAUGGAGAACAAGAAAUUAAUUCCAAUAUUUCUGAGGGAGCUACACAAGAAAAUACCUCGGGUGAUACACAAACAAUAAGCCACAAUUCUGAUGAAAGCAGAGUUAAUGAUAAUAAUUCUGGUUUACCAAUAAGUAUAGAUACCAUUCUUGAUACUAGUUCUAAUCUAGGAAUGAUUGGAAUUACCUCAGAUUUAGGUAAUUCUACUUCCCACGAAAUAACUACAAAAGCAACUACAUCUGUCAUGGUACCAGCAGCCCCAGAACUUAAAGAUAAAACUUCUGUUCACACUCAAACUGAAGAUGAACACAUCAGUCAAUCUGAUAAGGGGAUUUUGACGACCACUCAGUCUCCGCAACUAAAAGUUAAUUGUACUGAAGAAAUGUUUGAAUGUGUGAAUGGCAAUAGUCCAGUGGGUUCCAGGAUCCCGUACACUGCUCGCUGCAACUCCAUCCCAGAUUGUUCUGAUGGAUCAGAUGAAUUAAACUGUAUUGAAAAUAAUUGUUUUGAUAACUUCAAGUGUAGAGACAAUGAGUGCAUUGAGAGGCAGUAUGUCUGUGAUGGAAUAGCUAAUUGCCGGGAUGGAGAGGAUGAAAUGAAUUGUGAGUCUUGGGAAUGCCGUGACUGUGAAUUCAAGUGCACAGGUCCAGAGCCUUCCCCUUGUAUUCCCUUGAGCCUUACUUGUGAUGGCCAGCCUGACUGCUUUGAUCACUCUGAUGAGGUCAACUGCUCUACUUCAUGUAAAACAGAAGAAUUCCAGUGUAAGGAGGGCUGGUGUAUUCCAAUAGCUAGAAAAUGUGAUGGUAUCCAGGACUGUUAUGGAGGAGAGGAUGAAAGUGAAUGUGAUUGUUUGUUAGAUCUUACUUCAUGUGCUAUGGGUGGAUGUGUACCAAAGUUCCAACUCUGUGAUGGAUUACGCAAUUGUGCAGAUGGUUCUGAUGAAUGGAAAUGUAUCAGAAUAGAGAAUGGUACAAAUCAGCUGGAAGUCAGUGUUAUGACCAAUGGAACAGGCAACCAAGUACCCUUUUCUAGCCCAGUUCUAAAGACAGCAACUGUUAUACGUGGUGAAAACCGAUGGGUAGGCGUAUGUGGAGAGGGAUGGACUUACGAAUGGAGUGAUUUAGCAUGCCAGCACUUAGGAUCUGUAACAACCUACAGCAUGCAAGUUACUCGUGUGUCAGAUGUUCCAAGGCAUAGGGUCAAGUUAGCAUCUACACAGAAGCCAUCAUCUAACACUCCCCUGCAAUUUACCCUGAAGAGUGAAUGUGAGAGUGAUAAACUAGUUCAGUUGACAUGUGAUCCUCCAGCAGCGUGUGGCUCGUGGCAAGACUUCACAAAUGUUGAAGCCAUGGAAGGUAUAACUCCAGCUGAACAUGUGUGGCCCUCUUUAGUAUUAGUAAGAGAUGUAAAUUCUAACAGCACAUGUACAGCUUCCAUUCUCACCCCCUACUGGGUGCUUGCUGCAUAUUCAUGUGUCUAUACCAAGAAAGAUGGUCUUAUCCCUGAUACUUGGGUUGUACAAACUGGAACUGCUGGUCAAGGUCAUAAUUACUUAGUGGCCAAUAUGAUUUCUUACCCUGGAAAGGUCAGAAGGGGAGGAAUUUGGAGUGGUGACGCUGUACUGCUACUUUUAGAGAAACCUCUGAAAUUAGAUGAAAAAACCCAGCCAAUCUGUAUUCCAGAUGCCCCACCUCCAACAGAUGGCAACUGUGUUGUUGCAGGAUGGAAUAGAAGUCGUGAUGGAACUAUUAGCCAGGAUCAGUUCAUUCAUUCAGUAGCAGUACCAACUUUAGAGGUUGAUGCAUGUAAUACCACUCAUUACCCAGGACGUCUAACCAAUGCUCAUACAUGCAUUGGCUUUACUCAGGCUCAAAACCCACCUUGUCAAGGUGAUGAAGGUACACCACUGAUGUGUAAAAGCAAGUCUGGGGUCUGGAGGAUUGAGGGUCUCUCCUCUCACCAUGGUCGAUGUGGCAGGUCCCAACACCCCUCUGUGUUUACUGCAUUACAUGCAUUGCAACCUUGGCUGAGCAAUACAAUAGGCCUACCUUCAUCUUAUGGUAUGCCAACAGAGACAACAAUACCAACUACUUCUACUACCACUACCAGUACAGCAACAACAGUGACUACAACAGCUACAGAAAAGCCUUCAUCCGCUACACUUCCUCCUCCUUCACUAAAUUCUGAAGACUUUGAUAGACCUCAAGUAUCCUCUCCUGGAAAUGCACCUUUAUAGCGCAAGCUUAAACCUUUAGAAAAUUUGUUGAAUGGUGCCAUACAUAUUAUAUGAAAGUGCUGCAAAAAUGUGCUAAAAGAUUUUACAAAAAGUAAGUUUUACACUUCACUUUUACUAACAUUUGCUGUGAUUUGUAUUGUGUCUAUGAGUACAUUAUAUAAUUAUAGAUACGUAUAUAUAUA